UCCUGGCGGCAAUGCCUACUGUGCACUACAUGAGUAAGUAUUGUAGAGCACAGAAUACUUCCAAUCCUAGUCUCGCGUCAAUGCCUGCAGCCACUCGGCCGUUACCCGUUCGAUGCUGGGGUAUAUAGCCCGGUGGCGCAUUCGGUUCAUCGACAGCACAACAGCUACCUUCGUACGGAGCAAUUGCCCUUGACUGUACAUGGUAAUGCCAUAUCCCAGAACAAACGCAAAUCUUCAGUGAUUGCAAUUAAACAGGUAUUGAGUGUAAUGACAUUUGCAUGAUGUCAUGCCAUAAAGGAAGCGCUAUUUACUGGAGGCAAAAGUGUUGGUGAGCAGUAUCAUCAUUUACAGAGACAAGAUGAAAGCAUUUGGCAUUGAUAGCUAUGGUCCAAUUGAGAAUUUCUGCGAAAAGGAGCUACCAAAACCCUCCGACCUGUCUCCUCGAGACUUAUUGGUCCGUAUCAAGGCUGUCUCUGUAAAUCCAGUGGACACAAAGGUCCGAAAUGGGACUUAUGAUGACUAUCCCGACUACUAUGACCACGUCCCUCGACCAUUCCAAAUUUGCGGCUAUGAUGCGGCUGGAGUAGUAGAGCAGACGGGACGCGAGUGCUCCUUAUUCAAAGUAGGAGACGAGGUCUUCUACUCUGGAAGCCCGAUUCGACAAGGCUCGAAUGCGGAAUAUCAGCUCGUGGACGAACGAAGCGUCGGAGUUAAACCAAACACGCUUGACUUUGCGGAAUCUGCGGCAAUGCCGCUGACGUAUGUUACAGCGUACGAAGCGUUAGUCGAACGACUGGAAAUUACAAAGGGUGAGAAAGCCGCGCUACUGAUCAUCAACGGCGCUGGCGGCGUGGGUGCCGUUGCCAGUCAGAUCGCUCGUACUGUCCUUGACCUACCUUGCGUAAUUACCACUGCCUCGCGACCAGAGACAACUGAGUUCACCAAAAAAAUGGGAGCAACUCAUGUCGUAAACCAUCGAGAAGAUAUCCCGGCGCAGAUUGCAAAACUCAACCUCGACAUACCACUCAAGUACAUAUUCAUUACGUCCUCGACAGACCAAUAUAUGUCGACCUGCGGCAAGCUAUGCGCUCCCUUUGGUAAAGUCUGCUCUAUCGUCCAAGGCCAGGCCAAUAUGUACGGCACCGACUUCAUGUCCAAAUCGAUGUCUUUUAUCUGGUGUCUCCUUGGGACUAAGCCCUACCACCAUGUCGAUGUUGAAUCCCAUCAUCACAUACUGGAGGAGCUCGCGCGGCUGAUUGAUUCGGGGCGAAUAAAAUGUCAUCUUGGAACAAGGUUGGAGUUGACGUUGGAUGGCUUGAAGGAGGCGCAUAACAUCAUUCAGUCGGGCAAAGCGAAGGGAAAGGUGGCUUUAGAAUUUUAGUAUUCAGUAUGGGUGCUGUGCAAUCUGUUAGAAUGUAUAUAAUGCAUAUUGAAC